GUACUAAUUCAUAGGUAUUGUCACAUGGAAUAUUACACACAAUUUAUUGAGCACCCAAACAAGUUGGAAAAUAAGCUCUUAUUUUCAUUAAAACUUGCAACAAUGUGAUUUUACUAGAUUCGAAUGAAAUUAACUACUUAUGUUCGUUUCAUUAAAGUCAUCGGACGAAGUGUUGACUGGAGAGAAAGGCGUGUAGUUACAAUGUAUCAUCCUCAGACUUGUAUCAACGAUUGUAUUUUGUUGCUUCCGCUCUGUUCGGUCAGGUUACUUUUGUAGCACUAAGCGCGUGGAAUGUAUAUACAUUUCAUUGCUGCUCUGGGGUAGAGAAUCGUUCUCUUCAAGGCUGUAGGCCUCAUAAUGCCUCGGUCUAUAGUCGCUCUGUGAAUCGGUCAAGCCUCGCUCAAUAUCCAGGACAUUGGAAUUGUGAGCUCCGAAGAGCACGAGCGACGAUACACUGUAGACUAAAAGCAUAGAGUCUAUGAAUUCACUGUGGGGUAGGCUGGAGACAUGCACUCACCAUCAAGGAAGGACUUUGUGUCUUUAACCUUCACUGGAAGUGGCAACUAUAACAGCAAACAGUGGAAAAGACAGUCCUGCUGGAGGAAAUGGAAACAGUUAUCCAGAUUGCAGCGCAACCUCAUCCUCUUCACCAUGGCUCUCAUGUGUCCAGUGAGGGUUCUCCAGACACACUCAGUGAUGCUCAGACCUUCACCAUCGGAGUGAUGCCUGAACUCCCAGGGUUCCCCCAGCCUGCACCCAGCUGUGACCUACAGAUAACUGCUCUGGAAGAUCACGUGACGGUGCUAACAUCCACAGCUUUGUCCUUUGUGGACUCUGAGACACCCAGUGAAAAGCUUGUCUACAACAUCACCAAGCCCCUACCUCAAGGACAAGGUUCUGUGGAGCAUCGUGACAGAGCCUACAACCCAGUGUCCUUCUUCACCCAAGCUGACGUCAACCAGGGCCGGAUCCUGUACCGCCCUCCCCAGGCCCCCUCUCACCUCCAGGAGCUCUACCAAUUCUCUUUCACUGCUUUGAUGCACCUGUACUGACCUCGCCUUCUGGAGGAGG